AUGUCGAGCGUUCAUGAUCUGUGCGAGAUGCCUCCCACUGCACUGCCUCCCAUUGUGGCUCCUCCGAUCAGGUCCACGGAGAAUGUCUUUUGCCUCGACCGCCACGGCGAUGUGACUCUCGAAAUAUACGGUCUGCACCCGAAGCUCAUUGAAAUCCUCCUCUCAGGUUACCUGAGUGUCACCAGAAUGAUCAGCCUUCCCUUGCUGGUCGGGGAAUCUAACGAGGAAGUCGACCCCCAGGGCCGCUCUGUACACUUCCUCCUAUCCUCGAGACACCUCAUCCUAGGAAGCACGUACUUUGCAGCUCUCCUCCGAAGCAUGGACAACGAAUGCGGCCGACAUAUACCACACCACCGAUUCGUGCAUCGCACCAGAAGCAAUGGCGUCGCAUUCGUAUACAUGCUGUGUCUGAUCCACUGCCGCAACCACCUGGUCCCCAAUGCCGUCCCAUACUAUAUCCUGAGCGACAUGGCCAUCCUCGUGAACUACUACGGCGUCUUCGAGGCCGUCAAAUCUAUCGGCGACAUGUGGAUUAAUGGGCUCGUGCACUCCGUAAUCCCAAACCCGCCUCCAGACCUCCAUCUCUGCUGGGUGAUGAUCGCCUGGGUACUUCGCAGGACCGACAUCUUCACAGACGUGACCCGCGAUGUCAUAACCAUGAGCACGGACAAGAUUGCCAUGACAUCCAUGCUCCCAAUCCCACACAUCGUGCUCGACAAACUCAACAACGCGCGCGAAUACCACCUCGGCAUCCUAAUCCAGCUUCUCAACACCCUCCCCGCAACAAUCGCCCAAGGCUGCCUCAAAGAACACGAAGAGUACGGCAGCGCCAUUGGGACGUUCGCCGGGGACGUGUGCACGGAAUCCGUCAGCCUCGUGUACAAUGCCGAGAUGGGCAGAAUGGGAAUCCACCCGCCGCCCACGGAUCCCGAUUUCAGCGGCCUCUCGAUCGAGAAUAUCGUCUCGCAAUGCCAGAAAGUGAGAGGCGUCGAGGGCGCUGAGUAUGGAUGGGCCGGGGAACACCGGCACUGUUCGCUUUGGUCGCGUGCUGCGGCCCUGCUUGAGCGCUUCCAGAUGCCCGGGGGGCUUGAUUUGAAUGAGCCGGAUUUGGAGGUUCUUGUUUUCUUGUUUGAGUAG